AUGGAACAUGUUUCGGGUGUCGAUGCCAUCGUGGAAGUCGGACCUCAUGCUGCCCUCCAGGGACCCACGUUACAGACUCUCUCCACGAUCCAACCUGAACAUGCCGAUAUGCCUUAUAUUUCCCUAGCUAAUCGCAAAUAUGGCGGCGUCGAAGCCCUUGCUCUGGCGGUGGGCUCGUUCUGCGCGUAUCUCGGAGGCAGAGUUCUUGAUAUUUCAUCCUAUGUCCGGCUAUUCUCCCCGGCGCGGGAUCUAAUAUAUCUUCCGGAUUACUCUGCCGUUCCGCGGCUGAGCGACGCCUACAUCCACCUUCCCUUGCCCGUCCACCCUCUGCUGGGAGCGACCAGUCCGGAGACCGGAGAGGGCGAGUGGCGAUGGCGGAACUGCCUGCGGCCGCAUGAUCUUGAAUGCCUGGACGCAUACCGAGUGCAGUCCCAGACCGUGUUUCCAGCUACCGGCUAUAUUACCAUGGCGCUCGAGGCAUCCCAGGCCAUGACUGGGCGACGGUCAAUUCGACCCAUGGACAUCCAUGGUCUGGCAAUUGAUCGCACGAUGACCAUCCCCGAUGAUACUCUCGGUGUGGAAAUGCUCUUUACUCUUUCGCAGCUUGACGUUACGCUUGGGGCCCAGAAAUCCACACUUCUGCCUCCCAAGGGCUCAACCGUGUCGGGAAUGCGGCCUGUAGACUCGGACCAUUUCUACGACGAGCUAUCGAAGAUUAUGGGGGGGUCUGGACAUGAGAGACCCGGCUCGGUUCCCCAAUGUGCUCUGGUACCGCAACCCCAAGAUGUGGCCAUUGUUGCUGGCGCGGCCAACUCGUCGCAUGUGGCGGAGAUCAUCGCCGAUGGGUUUCGGGGGAAAUUGCGCCACAAGCUGCAUCUCCCGGGCGAUUCCGCUCUUGCAGGCACGACCUUACUAACGGAGGUUGGAGUCGACUCGCUCGUCGCGGUCGAUCUACGCAUGUGGUUCGUGAAGGAGUUGGGGGUUGAUGUGCCGGUGUUGCAGCUCCUGGGGGGAUCAUCCAUCGAUGUCCUGGCUGGAGGUGCGGCUGAUCGCCUCGAUCCGGGGUUGGUUCCUUUGAUUCAGACGGCAUUGGCCGCGGCCUGA